AUGGAUCAUCUUGAGCCGCCCGCUUGCGCCGAAUCGCUGAGCCAGGUCCAGCAGCAGUCCGGUACUGCGUCCAGGGACCCACAGCCGCAACUGCGAGAUCGCAGAAGAGAGAAGCCUAUGCUGUCAUGUACCUUUUGUAGGAGUCGCAAGGUACGAUGUGACCGUCAGCUUCCAUGCAAGACCUGUACCAACAGGGGAAUUGACAUUUCUUGCACCUAUGAGAUGGCGGGUCCACGGAAGAGCAAGAGUAAAGUUAGCGUCGGUGAUCGCAUCCAGCAGCUCGAGGAGCUUGUUCGCAACUUGGUUGGGCAGCAGCAACUGAAAACACCAAGUGUACAUCCCGAUGCCCCCGCUGGAGAGUUCUCAGACCAUUCAUUCCAGGCCUCUCCAGCCUCUACGGUUCCGUUACCUCCAGUAGACGAAGAUACGCUCGUCCCAGCCCUGAGGCAUGCGUCCAUAUCCCAGAGCAGAGACCGUCCUAGCUCACCAGGGCCGUCAGAGCCAGGUAGUAUGCGUCUUCGAAACCAUGGCGCUGGUGCAAGCUAUGUUGGUAGUGUCCACUGGGCUGCUGUUCUCGACAGUAUCUCGGAUCUCAGAGAUCACUAUGAGGAAGAAGAGGAGGCUCGAAUGCUAGCUACAAAUGACCAUGGGCAUCUCCAAAGUCCCGGACCAAGACUAUUAUACGAGCCAAUUCAAACAACAAAGGAGGAUCUUAUUUCUUUAAUUCCUCCUCGGCCUGUUGUGGAUCGUAUGAUCGCUCGGUACUUCAACGCACAAGGAGUUGUGCCUAGCAUCCUGCACAGUGUACACUUCCUUCGCGAGUAUGAGAUGUUCUGGCAAAACACAUCUGCUAUGUCAUGCAUCUGGAUAGGGCUUCUAUUUAGCGUAAUGUGCGCCGCGACGUUGUACCAACAAUCGAUCGAGGAGUCAGCGGAUCCAGAGACUACAGAGCGGAUCCGUAUAUUUCGUGAACAGACACUUCACAGCCUGAUUCUAGGUCAGUACACCAGGGGUGGACCAUAUGUACUAGAAACGUUGAUCAACUAUCUCAUCUGUGAGUCAUUCAUGUCUCAAGAGGCUGAUACCGGUCUAUGGCUCGUGCAAGGUAUUAUUGUGCAACUCGCUCUAAGUCAAGGCUAUCACCGAGAUCCCCAAAACUUUUCCAGCAUCACCCCAUUCGCUGGCGAGAUGCGACGGCGAGUUUGGUCCAUCAUCGUGCAGAUGGAUCUUCGUCUUUCGAGUCAGUUGGCUCUGCCGUGUGUUCUUAAGUCACAGCAGUAUGACACAGCUGAGCCGCGCAACCUGCUAGACACAGACUUUGACGAGACUACCACCGAACUACCCCCUUCUCGGCCUGAGACUGAGGUUACACCUGCGCUCUACAGUUUAGCCAAAGGCAGGAUAGAUAAGAUGAUGGGACUGAUCAAUGAUGUUGUCAACAACACUCAUGAGUACCCAUAUACUACGAUCAUGGAGCUGGAUCGGAAGCUGCAAGAAGCCGAAGUGUCACUACCACCAAUCUUUCGAUGGCAGCCUCUUAGUCAAUCUUUCAUGGUUGCGCCACAUAUCGUGAUGCACCGCGUGUUGCUCCAGCUCGCAAUACAGAGACUCACCAUCUGGCUUCACCGCAAGUACCUGGCACCGCCCUAUACACAGGCACGCUAUCAAUAUUCAAGAAACGCUUGUGUACAGGCAGCUAUCAAGAUCCUAGAGUUCCAGCAGAUCGUGAUGGAGGAAACUCAGGGAGAUGGGCUACUGUAUCCCGCCAGAUGGGCGCGGUGGAUGCUUCUCUCAUCCCGGCCACGGGCUGUCUUCUUACUGGGCGUAAGCAUACUCUGUUAUUAUGUACAGUUGGCCAAGUCACGACCAGGUAUUUCACUGGAUCAAGCUACGGGAGGGAAGAUUCACAAUCUGUUGCGCAACGCGUACCCCCUGUGGCUGCAUUCGACAACAGUGUCCAGGGAAGCUAGACGGGCGAUAGACUACAUGAGUCUGAGACUGGGACUACAAGAACAAGGAAACGAUACUGUUCCUACGAGCUUUACGACUGUGACGCCUGAGGAUACAGAUAUGUCGGUUGACCAGUUUACUUGGGAGGCAUACGAAGAAUGCAUUGCCAACUUUCCAGCAACGACAGCAUUUGGUGGUGAAUUUAUGGGACCGAAUAUGCCUGUGUCUUCAUCGACAAGUAUUUCUCCAGCGGAUCUACUAUCAAUGAGUUUGAACACCCCAGAGUCGGGCGACUGGAUGGAUAGAGGUAGCUUUAAUUCGUGA